ACUCAGAUUCAGUGUCUGUGCACGAUUAACUCCACGGUUUUGAAAUGUCUCUGAAAUUACCUACUUUGUGAGCACUGACAUAGAUACAGCAACGGGUGUUAUUGACUCCAGUUAGAUUAACAGUGUUAUUUUUAAGUAUUUGCAGUUAAAAGGGCAUUGAAACAUCAUAUUGUCUCAAAACAUAUUGAUUUGGAUAGGUUUUAAAAAAAAAUGUUAGAAAGAUGACCAGUUGGGUGGAGCUACACACCCAGAAUAGAAGUCGGGGCCCCCAGUAAAAUGAUCUCCGUUCAUGCCCCUGGAAGGUAUUUUAGGGUACGCCCUCCUCCCAGCGGGUAAAGCAGACAACCUCUCAGACUCGAGUCACAGCGAGAUCUCCUCCCGCUCCAGUAUCUGCUCAGUUGACUCUGUGCCGGCACCUGGGUCUGACGAGCGGUGUAAUAGCAGCAACAGGACCUGUACUACUGCUACUAUUAAUACUAUUAAUACUACAGCUACUAUUGCUACAACGGCUGCUGGGACUAUUGAGAGCACAGCAGCAACACACACGCACAUAAACGCGGAUUACAACCAGCCCAGCACAAGUAGUUCUUCAUCGUUAGCACGGGGACAGGUGACGCGAGCCUCCACGUUUACCUCUUCCAUCUCGACAGAGGAGCUGACCCCGGACCACACCUCUCUGGACUCAGUGGUGGACAGUGGCCGCGGCAGCUGGACGUCCUGCUCCUCCAACUCUCACGACUCCUUCCAGAGCCUCCCCGCCUCCUCCUGCCGACCCUGGGACCAUGGC